AUGGGUUCCCUCAGGACUCUGUUCCUGAGCGUAUAUGCCUCGAAUGGCAUUAUAAGGACGUUGUUUCUACCAUUAUGCUACCUCACACUAUUCAGUCCAUUCAUACUCGUUCUAGCUUGGUACUUUGGUCUUGGUCAAACUCUUGAAAAAGCUAUACCCGAAGACUUCUCCUGGUUCGAUCUGUUACCUACGUUUGCGAUUUCGGCGGUCUUCGUGUUAUUACCUACGAGGCUGCUAUCAAGUUCGGGAAAAGUUGUCAAAAGCCAAGAUGGGAAGAGACGGGUACAAUCGCUGCCAUACUGGAUCCCGGGUGUACGUCAUCUUUGGAGCAUUAUUUUUGGAGGCGAGGAGUGGUUGAACGGCGUCCGGGAUUCUGCAACUGCAAGCAUACUGGCAUACCAGGCAGCUGGGACCAAACAUAACAUCCUGCUUUCAGAUUCCUUGCUUGGCCAGAUCUAUAAGAACUUGCAUAGUUUGGAGCUGCCAGACAGCAGCCAACUCGCUAUUCUUCGAAACACUUUCAACCUCCCGAAAGUAAUGGAGAGCCAUUAUCUUGAGAUUCAGAACGAAAUCAAUCAGGUCGUGGAGACGGAGCUAUACAAAGGUGUGGCCGAGGAAGGUUUGAUCAAAGCAUCGCUGCGCAUAUUAACCGAAUCGCUUCCGGACUUCGUUACAUUCAACUCAUCUAUUGUCGACCAGAUGCAAUGGGAGCGCGUCUCCAACGUGGAACUUACGGAUGGCACCUCUGAGGCCGAAUGUGAUCUGUUCACACUGCUCAACGAAUUUUGUUGCAAUGCUAUUUUACCCCCAAUCGUCGGAGCACAGUUUACAGAGUCUUACCAACUGCUUGCUACUGAUCUGGCAAGCUGCAACGAACGAUUUUGGGCUCUCGCUCUCGGGUUACCGCGAUUGACGCCUGUUCAGGGCUUGCCGGGAGCAGCUCUGGCAAGAAAGAGAUUGCUGAAGAACUUUGCGAAUCUGUUUACAGAGUUGACACAUCCACCAGUAAGGAGGGUGCCAGACGAUGACGAGAGCGUGAGCGGAGAGGAAGACACGGACGCUGACGUAGUCACUCCCCUUAUGAAGCUUAACGAGCUAUUUACCAAACACGAACUACCAGCCGAGUUACGAGCUUCUAUUGGUCUCCAUCUAGUACAUGGUAUCUACUCAGACGUCAUACCACUUGUAUUUUGGACAGUUCUUCACAUCUACUCGUCAUCCAAGGCGCAAGACGUAAAGGCUCCAGAAGGGUCACCUCUCGAGAAUAUCAAAGCAGAAUCCAAGGCCUGGGCUCAAGCUGUACAACCCCCAUCAAUACAUCCGUCUUUUCCGGCACCACCGGAAAUUCGCUUCGGCUCAGUGAAGGAAGCGCUGACGUCAAGUUCUCUGCCUUAUCUUCGCUCAUGCAUCAACGAAGCUCGACGUCUACAUACCUGUUCCGCCAGCACAUACAGAGUCAAGAAGUCACUCCAUCUACAGGAGGACGGUCCUGGUGGGAAGGAGCAAUGGGAACUAGAAACGGGUACAUAUAUCGACAUGGGUCUCUCUCAAUCACUCAUAAACUCGUCGUCAGCAUUUCAUGCCUCCCCAGAAACGUUUCGACCCAACCGCUUUCUCAACACUCCCCCCUCAUCGUCUGUCUUAUCGCCUGCCUAUAGCUCUCAGUCCUACAAGACCGAUCUCAUCAUCUCUAUCGUAUCAGGUGUCACCCAACUUUGGGAAAUUGCGCCUGCGCCAAAGAAGAGCUUCUUUGAUCACAUCCAAGAAGCAGGUAAUGAAGCGUCAUUUGGUGCCGAGGCCCUUACUGCGGAGCAAAAGGCUGCUAAAGAGGUAGCGAAUCGGGAGAAAGAGGAUGCUAAGAGGAAAGAGGCCAGGUGGGUAUUUCCAAAAGCGGUUGAUGGAGCGGUCACAAGGGUUCCCAAGGGGGAUAUCCGGGUCAGGAUCAGAAGAAGGGAGGGGUUGCCUACUAGCAAGGUUGUGCGGAGGAUUGGUUAG